AUGCAAAAAGAGAUGGUCCAUUUGCCGAAAUCUUUCCUAGGAUUUUUGCCCCUUUACGCAGGCGUCGAGCUUGGCCUCGGAAUCUCCAUUCUCAACAAAUGCAGUGGAUUCUAUGGUAUAUUGGCUCUGUUUACAGGCCACCAGCUGGAUUUUAUGCAGUGGGUCUUCUAUCUAUUUUCUGCGUUUACGUUGGUUGUAUAUUCGAUUGGCCUUCGCCAAGUCAAUAAACCAAACCUUUUGAGCUUUUCGCUUGUUUUGGUCAUUUUUACGCUCGAUACUGCGCUGACAUGCUUCUUCACCGUGUGGUUCAGUGCCGCCUGGUUUUCUGCGGAAGCUCAAGAAUUUACAGAUCCAAAAUCAACAACAAUUCAAAGCGCAGGAGCAGCGAUUGGACCUGGGAAGGAACUAAACCCUCGAGGCAAGACUUUGGAAUCCCAAAGUGCUUCUCAAAGCUAUGAAUUUUUCUUCACGAUACUAUUUACUGUUAUCACGCUUGUAGCUAGAUUCUACUUCAAUUUCAUCAUGGUCGCCUUCGUACAGAGGCUUCUUCGCCAUCCAAAGUACAUGGUCGAUCAAGACGAUGUUGAGCAAAAUUUGAAGAAUAGGUCCUUCUUUCAACGCUGGUGGAUAAAGUCUGAAAAAUCCUGCUACAAAUUCUGCCGGCGUUAUCUCGCUUAG